AUGAACACCGUUCUGCCAGGCUGCUCUUUGGUUUAUAAAAGUAAGCACCUUUUUUCGAAUUCGGCUAAUUCUCUUUGUUCACACGUCAAAGGCACACUAAUUCACCGGAAAAUGUCGAGCUACAUUGAUCACGGUGUCAAGUUUACCAAACCCCUCCUGGAUGACAGAAACUAUCGGUUCAUUGAGCUGCCUAAUAAGUUGAAAGCGCUUUUGAUCCAAGAUCCCACUACAGACAAGGCGGCUGCGGCGCUUGACGUCAACGUGGGGUCUUUCGAAGACCCAGAAGAUUUACCUGGUCUCGCACACUUCUGUGAGCAUCUCCUGUUCAUGGGAAGCUCGAAGUUUCCUAAUGAGAAUGAAUAUUCGAGCUAUCUGAGUAAACACGGUGGCGGCUCUAAUGCCUACACCAGUGCGAGGAACACCAACUAUUUCUUUCAAGUCAAUCAAGAGAGCUUACAUGGUGCGCUGCUUAGAUUUUCAGGCUUCUUCAGCUGUCCUUUGUUUAACAAAGAGUCUACUGACAAGGAGAUCAACGCUGUUGACAGCGAAAACAAGAAGAACUUGCAAAGUGAUCUAUGGAGACUAUAUCAGCUUGACAAAUCUCAGAGUAACCCUGAGCAUCCAUUCCACAAAUUUUCUACGGGCAAUCUCAAGACCCUUGGCGACAUCCCUAAAUCGAAAGAUGUUGAUAUACGUGACGAGCUGCUGAAGUUUUACGACUCUUCGUAUUCGGCAAACUUAAUGAAGCUGUGUGUCCUUGGAAGAGAGGACCUAGAUACGAUGUCGCAGUGGGUUUACGAUCUUUUCAAGGAUGUGCCCAACAGCGACAGACCUGUCCCAACUUAUGAAGCCAAAAUGCUACCCCCACAGUACUUGACUCAAAUCAUUAAUGCCAAACCUGUCAAGGACUUGAAGAAAGUUGAAAUCACAUUCGUUGCACCAGAUGUGGAUGAGCAGUGGGACUCAAAACCCGGGCACUACUUGAGUCAUUUGAUUGGCCACGAAGGCUCUGGCUCAUUGCUUGCAUACCUAAAGUUAAAAGGAUGGGCAAAUGAGCUUUCGGCUGGUUCUCAUACGGUAUCUGAGGACAACGCAUUUUUCUCAGUUGACAUUGAUUUGACAGAUGAGGGUGUCAAGAAUUACGAGUCCGUGAUUCAAUCUGUAUUUCAGUACAUUGAACUACUGAAAAAGGAGCUGCCACAAGAGUGGAUCUACGAAGAGCUUCGUGAUACUGCCGAGGCCAGCUUCAAGUUUAAACAAAAGGGAAAUCCUGCAUCCACCGUGUCCUCAUUAUCUAAAGCUCUCGAAAAAGAUUAUAUUCCCGUUGGUGACGUUCUCAGUACCUCUCUGCUAAGAAAGUACGAACCUGAACUUGUUGUCAAGUACAUUGCUCAUUUGAUACCUGAAAAUUCCCGGGUUACAUUCAUUCACAAGAAUGCCUCAACAGAUUCCACCGAAAAGUGGUAUGGGACGGAAUAUGGCGUAGUGAAAUACAGUGAGGGCCUGAUGGAUAAACUCAAGAGUCCUGGAACAAACUCUUUGCUACACUUGCCCCGUCGUAAUGAAUUUAUUUCUUCCAACUUCCAAGUCGACAAACUUGAAGAUGUUGAACCUUUGCAAGAACCCUUGCUUCUAAAACAGGACAGACAAAGCAAAGUUUGGUAUAAAAAGGACGACAGAUUUUGGGUUCCGAAAGGGCACAUAUAUGUGUCAAUGAAAUUGGCGCACACAUACUCCAGUGUUGUAAACAGCAUGCUGACCACUCUAUACGUGGAAUUGAUCAAUGACUAUCUGAAAGACUUGGAGUAUGAUGCUCAAGUGGCUAGCUUGCACAUUUCCUUCCGGAAAACCAAUCAAGGCCUCGAUCUCUCCUUAAGCGGCUAUAACGAAAAGAUGGCAAUCCUGCUCAAAAGGUACUUGGAAGGAAUUGCCAACUUCCAGCCUGCCGAAGACCGUUUCAAAAUCUACCAAGAUAAGCUGUUGCAGAAGCUGAACAAUCAUUUGUAUGAAGUUCCUUACUCUCAGGUUUCAGAUGUCUUUAACUCCGUCAUCAACGAGAGAGCAUGGACUAUUGCUAACAAGCUUGAAGUCGUCAAGCAAUUAAAGUUCGAGCACCUGAAACUAUUCAUUCCAGCAAUUUUUGAACAGUUUUCUUUUGAAAUUUUGGUCCACGGUAACUUCAGCUGCGAAGCUGCUCUUGAAGCCGACAACUUGGUCAGGGCUUUGGCGCCUCGCGACGUCCAGAACUUCCAGCUUAAGAGCUCAAAACCUAGAUCUGUUCUUCUUCCACAAGGCAAGACGUUCUGUUACCAGCAAAUGCUUGCGGAUGACAAGAACAUUAACUCUUGUAUUCAACAUGUUACGCAGUUCGGAUCGUACUCGGAAGAGUUAUCCGCAAAGGCGUCUUUGUUCGCUCAAUUGAUCGACGAACCUGCGUUCGACACUUUGCGGACAAAGGAGCAGCUUGGGUAUGUUGUCUUCAGUUCCGCGCUCAACACCCACGGCACUGUGAACCUAAGACUAUUGAUCCAAUCUGAGCGUGACACUGCUUACUUAGAAUCUAGGAUUGACGCAUUCCUCGUCAAGAUGGGUCAAGUAUUACAAGAAAUGUCCGACGAAGAAUUCGAAAGACACAAAGUGGCGCUGUGCAAGACUCUUCUGCAGAGAUACAAAAACCUUUCGGAAGAAAACACCAGGUUCACGACUGCCAUCUACAUCGGUGAUUACAACUUCAUCAAUAAGGAAAGAAAAGCUUCUCUUGUUGAAAAGCUGAGCAAGCAAGACAUGCUGGAGUUCUACAGCCAGUAUGUAGUCACCGAGGAGGCAUCCAAGCUUGUAAUUCACUUGAAGUCCCAGGCAAUAAGCGACGAGCAAAAGAGCAACGACCGCGUCGAGGGCUACCCCACAGGGGAGCUGAUCACCGAUAUUGGCAGCUUCCAGAGCAAGUUAUGCCUAGCGCCAGUGCGCCAGCCGAUCAAGAAGCUCGAGGUCACCCCCAAGUUAUAA